GUCUGGGUGGACACCGAACAUCAUCAUUCUUUGCUCACUACUUUUCCUACUGAAACAUUUUCUGCUUCUUCGCGAAGCUUCUUUGCCGGUGAAGCUGGAUUAUUGCUGCGACAUUUUAUCUGGCAAGCUGCGGUAGCACCUGAGCCACGUAUCAAGGGAACCAACCCCCCCCCUCAGGCGGAGAACCCCUGCGAAUAAAAAAAAGGACGGUUCUUAUUGCUCUGCCUCUUCCCCGGCUUUUUUUUGUUCCCCUUUACGCGCUUUGCUUCUGCUACCGUUGUUUUUGCUGUCCGCCUUAAGAAACUCCGCCUGUUGCCUCACGUCACUGGGCAAUUAGAUCCCCCGCUGUCAUGAGUUGAGAACAACACAUAUCAUCUCAUAUCAUCCUUCCCCUUUCGGCUUCUACUACUACCCUCGCCCUUAUUCCCUGUUGUGCACCACUACCUAGCAUUAGUGUGAAAUUACAGACGCAGUCAUGGCGCGCAGAUUUAUGAUCCCGUGGUUGUACGACCUCGGAGUGUGGAUUUUCACCCUCUGUCUGGACAUCUUCUUCCGCGAGGUCUACUCGCGCGGCGCAUGGCGGAUUCCCAAACGCGGCCCUGUCAUCAUUGUCGCCGCCCCUCAUGCAAAUCAGUUUGUAGAUUCCAUUCUGUUGAUGCGCAUCUUGAAACACUAUGCCGGUCGCAGAACCUCGUUUUUGAUCGCCGAGAAGUCCAUGCGCGAGCCGUACAUCGGCACCAUGGCCGGGUGCAUGGGCGCUCUUCCCGUCGUGCGAUCGAUGGACCAUGUCAAACCCGCCAAGGGUGAAAUCUACCUCCCCGAUCCUGACAAUGAUCCGACCCUAGUCCGUGGCAGGGGAACCGAUUUCACAUCCGAUCAAUUCAUGGUGGGCGGCGCCAUCAUUCUCCCGCGUGUGGGCAAAACGAGUCCGGAACAACAGGCUAUUGAGGAGAUCUUGGGCCCCGAGGAAAUUCGUCUGCGGAAACCAUUCAAGAAAUUCGAGAAGGACCAUCCCCUCUACGAGCCAUUGCGCAAGGGUACCCCGUUCAAGGCUGCUCCUCACAUUGAUCAGAGCAAGAUGUUCGCCUCCGUGUAUUCUGAACUGGUCGCAGGUGGUUGUAUCGGUAUCUUCCCGGAGGGCGGAAGUCAUGAUCGUCCCAGCUUGUUGCCCUUGAAGGCCGGUGUUGCCAUUAUCGCCCUCGGAACCCUCGCGCAGGAUCCCAACUGUGGUCUCUCCAUUAUCCCAUGCGGCAUGAAUUACUUCCAUCCGAACAAAUUCCGUUCUCGUGCCGUCGUUGAAUUCGGUAACCCUGUGCAAGUUCACCCGGAUCAGAUUGAGGCCUUCAAGGCUGGUGGAAACUCGAAGCGGAACGCCGUGGGAUCUCUGUUGGAAACAAUCACGGAAGCACUCACUGCAGUAACCCAGCAAGCGCCCGACCACGAGACGCUAAUGGUCAUCCAAGCCACCCGACGACUGUAUAAGCCAUUGCGAAUGAAGCUCCCUCUGCCCGUUGUGAUCGAACUGAAUCGACGACUUCUCAAAGGCUACACCCAAUUUAAAGAUGAACCUAAAGUGCUCCAGUUGAAGAAGGCCAUCUCCGACUAUAAUCGCCGUCUUCGAGCCCUCGGAAUUCGGGAUCAUCAGGUUGAAUGGGGUGACGUGACCCAUCGGCCGUGGUGGCUCGUUUUUGGUACCUUGUUAUACCGUGUGGGAGAGCUGCUCACGCUUGCGAUCGGAACCUUGCCAUCGGUGGCGCUUUUUUGGCCAGUCUUCGUGACCGCCAAGGUUGUAUCGGUCAAGAAGCAGCGAAAGGCUCUUGCCGGUUCCGUUGUCAAGCUUGAAGGUCGCGACGUCGUUGGAACCUGGAAGAUCCUGGUCGCCAUGGGGUUGGCACCAGCCCUCUAUACCUGGUAUACCGUAAUUGUGACCAUCUGGCUCCAUUACUGCCGCCAUGACGGACACUACGCAUCUGUAGUCCCGUGGUGGCUGAACGCCAGGACUUACAUCUCCGAUUCUAUUCCUCUUGCGCUUUUCUCGAUCUUCUUCUUCGGUCUCAUGAUUUCGGUCUCAUUCGCGGGUCUCCGUAUCGGCGAGAUCGGUAUCGACGUUCUCAAAUCCCUACCUCCUCUUCUGCGGGCCCUCGACCCAAGAUCCGCCAACUCGCUCGCCAAACUCCGCGCUGAACGCCAGGCCCUUUCUGCACGAGUAGUCGACGUAAUUGACACCUUCGCCCCUGAAAUCUUCCCUGACUUCGAAUCGGAGAAGCUUAUCCCGCACGAACACCCCGAGGACGACACCUACCAAUCCCGUCUUAAGAGCAUGCCCCCUAGCGAGCCAGAAAGUCGCAACCGCAGCAAAGACCGAACCAGCCGGAGCCGCUCCCGAAGCGCCGGUUUCCACUUGUAUGACACGCUUCUUAAGCCCCUCUCCAUCAAAUCCAAGGACGAUCUCGGAGAAGUCAAUCGUCGGAUUCAUGUCUCGAUGCAAGAGCGCGGUCGUCAACGUGCCCGGAACGAAAUCGACCCCGACGAAGACGUGGUUUCGCUUGACGGUUCUGUCAGCGCUCAGAGCGGGGACAUUGCGGUAGAGGAGGUGAAGAAGACGAAAUAGUCGUCUUGGCUUUCAGCCGAGGAUGGACGAGAGCAACCUCUCAACCUAUGAUUGCAUCAAUUAUCAUCAAAAACCAAAACCUCUUUUCAUGUCAUGUUAGUUCAUUCUGUUGGUUUCUUCAUUGAGCGGGAUCCGUAGCAUGGCGUAGGCCUUCAUUCGGCGUUUUGCGAAAGCAUGUUCUGUUCUUGUCUUUCUUGUCAUCAUGUCUGUUUUCCUUUCACCGCUUGUUCUUGAUUUGAUUCAGAUCCCCCUGCUUUGGCCUUUGUUUCUCGCUCGGACCUAGGCGAUGCCAAUCAAUAACGAAAUGAAAUAUUUUCAUCUUUCACCUAUUUCCAUUCUAUCCCUUCUUUAGGGGAAUGCUCCAUUAGUAAACACUCUCCUCUUCCUCUCCCUCUCAAUAAAAACCACCUGAAAGGUUGGUUAGGAGGCAGUAUGGAGAUAUGUGUUUCACGAGACGAAAAUGCAGAAAAGGGGGAAGAAAACAAAUCUUCCUGAAGUAAUUAGCACAAUAAAACCUGAGUAGUCGAGUAAGUAGUCAAUAGUUUUGAUCCCCACGAUCUGUGGAAUAAUCCUGGUCCGUCUCAGUAACUCCGAGGUCCGAGAAAACCAGACCGGGG